UGUUGACAAUGAAUACUGCACUUUGAUACAUUUGACCACUGAUAUCAAGUCGUGUCAGGAGGGAACAUCGAUCUUCCUUGAUACGUAAGGUUCUAUGGGAGGAAUUCUUGGCCUCAGUAGCACACAGAUAUGAGUAACACAAUCGGCAUUCCUUGCUCACCACGAAUCAGCGACUUCAAUCCAGUUUAGUAUUUUAUGAGAAUGGAAGAAACUUCAAACGAGUUGAGGAAAGUUAACUUAAACGAAUUGGUAUUGGUCAGACAACAUAAAAUUCUCCGAAGUCCCUGGACAUGCCACCGAGAGCUUUUACUUUUUUUGGCCCUGGUUUUAAUAGCAUUGGGAAUACUUGCUUACUAUUUCGGAACAACGCAGUAUUUUACAGUACAAGGGCAGUUUGUGAACUUAAAUGCUGAUACUGUCAUCCAGUAUUUCGCUAGCUCCGAAAAUAGAGAGGAAGAUGGGAGGAGUUCAAAGCCAGUCGUCGUUGAAACGAAAAUUAACCUUGAGACUACCCUUCCCUCACAGAUGAAAAAUAUUAACAAUACAAUAAUUUUUUCUGACAUGGCAAAUAGUUUUACCACAGAAAGUUCCAAACAAACAAAAGUUCAUAUCAAUUUGAAAGCAAGUGUAAAACUUUCCCCGCCUACCGGAAAGAGGAAAUCCUCGAAAAGCGAACAAACUGCUCCAGAAUUGAAGAAUGAAUCGUUCUUUUCCUCGAUGAAAGACUUAUUUAUUCCGACAAAAAGAAGUAAAACGAAACUUUCAAAAAUAGAAAGUUUCCAAAGAAAAGGUCACGUCAUUCCGAGAAGUUCAAAUCUUCCAACCAAAAGUGUGAAAUCCACGUUCAGAAAAGUUCAAGGAACUUUAAGAGAAAUGAAGAAUAUCAAGUAUACAGAUUUACAACGAAAAUCUUCAACUGCACCAAGUCCUCUACCGAGGACGAAAUUCAACUUUGAUUCGUGGUAUCGUAAACAGACAGUUGAGAUAUGUGGAAGUGGAUGGCAGGACAAAUACCGUAAAUUACAUGACGAUAUUCUAAGCAGGCGUCGCCAAGAAAAAUAUCUUGUGUAUCUAUGUCCUGGCACUCGACAAGGUUGUUGUGGUUAUGGAAACAGACUCAGAGCUGUAGCGUCGCUAUUUUACCUCUCAGUUCUUACUGACAGGGCUUUUCUGAUUGAUUGGCGUGCGCCUGAACCAAUAGAAAAUCAUCUGACACCGCGAAACAUCCAAUGGAAUUACAGCGAACCCAUUGAUAUCUGCACGGGAUUACAAAUACGAAAACACUAUUGGGGAUCUACGAAAACGGACGUUCGCGAAGCUGAAGGGUACAUUAUUCAAGAACCAAAACACUUUAAAAAAUGGUUCACUUCUACAGAUUUAAAGCAAUUUUUUGACUGGCCGGUGGAAGAAAUAACCACGAUAUGGUAUUUCGCCGAGGGUGGGAUAAAAAACAAUCCAUUUCUUAUGAAGCGCGCCAAAGACUUAGGAAUAACACCCUUGAUUUCCAACACACCAAAGUUUAAUCUCAUAGGAUGUGCGUUUGACUUUUUGUUCUCAAAGUCGGAAGCUUUGGAAAGUAAACUGAACGAAAUGAGAGCGCAGUUACAGUUUGAUAAAGGGCCAGUUAUUGGGGUACACAUACGAACAGGGGACGACCAAUUUGAUUAUUUCUCCUCCGAAAACGUCCGCACAUGGAAUGCCAGGAACGUUUCAAAAUUCUUCGAAUGCGCAACUAAAGUAGAGAGCGAACUAUUUUUGAACGAGACAGACGGACGAGAAAAAGUCCGUUGGUUUCUCUCCACUGAUAACGAGCAAGUGAGAACUUUAGUUCAAGAAAUCUAUCCACACAAGGUAGUCGCGACCAAUUUAACAAUCUUACACCUGGAUAUUCUCUUCAACACCACAAUCUUCAACUUUACGGCACAGUGUAACUACACGGAUGAAACUAACACAACUCUAGUGUGCUACAAUGUCGAAAUAUUAAAUGUAACUGCAUAUUGCCUAAACCGCACAAAAUAUAAUUUUACUCAAGAAAUAGAAAAUAACUCUACAAUUUAUGGCACAGAGAUGGCCACGGAAGGCAUUAUUGCAAUGUUAGUGGAUCAUUUCUUAUUAGCUGAAAGCGAUUUUCUCGUCUUGUGCGACAGCAGUUUUGGUUCAACAGCGGUGGGAUUGGGUAUGCGUAACACAGAUAGCUAUAUCUUGGCCGAUCGAGGUUGUGUUGACUUUGCGACGGCGCAGAAAGAUACAAGAUUGAGGUUUUUCGGACGACGAAGACGGUGACCCAUGUUCUUCAACCCUGUUUAUUUUGACUGAAUUGCACAUCUUCUCGUAAUUGAGAGUACAUCUUCGUUAAUAUACCACUGUGCUUUUACCUUUAAAACAGAUCAUUUUGAGCGAGUACCACGAACUAAACCAAAGUUGAGUAAAAGAACUAAGAAUCAGUUGACGUGAACGUUAUCAAUCGCUAAAAACGCUGGCGACUUAUUAGCAUUUGUUUCAAUCGUUUCUAAAUUGCAUUGAAAUUGCUCUUUCUCAAAAGCUUGGUACCUCGAACCUUAUACGACCACACUAUACACCUAUCAUUAAACUUACACGUGAAUA